AUGCCUAGCCAGAAUACAGACGCUAUGGCCGAAUUGGAGACCCUGACUUCUGUUUCUAGUCGCCAAGAACAAAAGGAUGGCAAUGCCAACGCACGGCGACGACUAGGGUACCCCGAAACGCUCUGUUCACUUUCAACAGAGGAAAGAAACAAGCUGGAACGUCAGCUUGUCAGGAAGCUGGAUGCACGCCUGAUGGCUCCCUUGAUUAUCAUGUACAUCAUGAACUAUUUGGAUAGAAACGCCAUUGCUGCUGCUAAGAUAGCGGGCAUCGUUGAUGAUCUGAAUUUAUCUGACUCGGAGUUUCAGACUUGCAUCAGCAUCCUUUUCGUAGGAUAUAUCCUUAUGCAAAUCCCAUCUAACCUUUACCUGACCAAGAUUGGGAAGCCUUCAAUCUAUCUUCCUUUAUGCAUGGCCAUCUGGGGAUCGCUCUGUGCCGUAACUGGCGCCGUACACAACUUCAGUGGGCUUGCUGCUACUCGCUUCUUGCUGGGCUUCGUCGAGGCCGCGCAUCACUUCGAAUCUAGAAGGGCAAGUCACCUCCGGGGAACUGAAAGCUUGCGUUCAGAGACUAAGUGUUGCAGUGCUCUUGGCCUAGAAGCAUGGCGAUGGAUCUUUAUCAUCGAGGGAGCAAUCACUGUGGCCAUCGCAACGACCGUGACCUUCAUUCUCCCAGACUUCCCAACUAACACGAAGUGGAUGACAGACCAAGAGCGCGCACUAGCAUCCUGGCGGCCCAUCGCGGACAUAGGAGAGGAAGACUGGGUCUCACCAGAAGAGGAAGGUCUGGCAGCCGGUUUCCAGCAGUGUAUUCGCGAUUACAAGACCUGGUUAUUCGCAAUUUUAAUCUUCGCCGUGGUUUCCAGCGGGACCAUCAACUCAUAUUUCCCCACCAUCGUCGAAACCCUCAACUACAGCCGAACAACAACGCUCCUCUUCACCGCACCCCCCUACCUCCUCUCCUGCAUAGUUACGCUCUGCGUCUCUUUCAACGCCGACCGAACUGGUGAACGGUACUUUCACUUCACACUCCCUACCUGGAUAUCGGUCGCUGGCUUCAUCAUAUCAGGCUCAACAACGAAUUUCCCCGCCCGCUACAUCUCCAUGAUGAUCAUGCUCCCGGGCGUCUACACGGCCUUCACAAUUGGCCUCACCUGGCUCGCGAAUGCACUCCCACGGCCACCUGCAAAGAGAGCAGCUGCACUGGCGCUUUGCAGCGCAGCCUCCAACUGCUCGAGUAUCUACGGCGCGUUUCUGUACCCGCAGUCAACGGCGCCCCGGUACAUCAUGGCGAUGGGAAUCAAUGCUAGCACGGCGGUCAUGUCUAUCAUUGUGGCAAACUUCCUACAUUUUGAUCUCAAGAGGUUAAAUCGAAAGUUAGACGAAGCGGAGCUUGAGGCUGAAGCAGAGCAGGUUGGGGGUAUGGGCGCGCAAACGGAAGGGACUGUCCAGAGCAAUUUCCGCUACCUCUACUGA